UUUUCAGAAGGUAACCGCCCCGAACAGACGGACAAGAAAAAUGGAGUUGUGAACAAGUAGCAAGUUAGCACUCAAAGGACGUACAGUUUCAGUUUUUAUGUAAUUACAUUUACAUGAGUGGAAGUUUCCGAAUGAAUAAGGUGGCAUGAUGCUAUCACAUCAUAGUCAUACGUAGUUUAUGUUUUCCAGCAGUCGUAGGAAGCUGUCCGACGGGUAAACAAACCGGAUCUUGGCCACGACAAAGGCAACAAGGCUUAGUAGCUAGCUAGCUAAAACAGUAGCAUCUGAUCGUUUUCUCUUCAAGCAAGGAGCGUGACUCGGACAGAAAUGGAGAAGGUAGAUUCACAGCAUGUUCUUUGUCUAAUUAUUGAGUCUGAUUUCCUGAAAGGACUACCGGUCUACAACAAAAGCAACUUCAGUAGGUUCCAUGCAGACUCGGUAUGUAAAGCAUCAAACCGACGACCUUCUGUGUAUCUUCCAACCCGGGAGUACCCAUCAGAGCAGAUCAUCGUCACAGAGAAGACAAACAUCCUAUUGCGAUAUCUUCAUCAACAGUGGGACAAAAAGAAUUCAGGAAAAAAGCGAGAGCAGGAGCAAGGAGAGGGGGAGAACAUGGCGCCUCCACGGAAAAUAGCCAGAACAGACAAUCGGGAGCUGAAUGAGGAUUCGUGAAUUGCUUCGCUGAUGAUACACGCCCAGCAGAGACUGAACUAAACAAAAUGCACACGCAGAUGCAGAAUACAUGUUUGCAAACCAAGGCGCUGAAAGUGAAGCACACGACAAUUCAUACAUUGCAGAACACAGCCGGCAUAACAAGAAUCCCAAAGUAACAUUGUUCCUAAUGUUUGCAUAUGACUUCAAGUUUCCUCUUUAACCAAAAACCCUUUCCCUCCUUUAUUUAGACACAGUAUGUUCUUUUUUCCAACACACCUCUGCCUCAGAUUUCACUCUUUGUAGUUUAAAAUGAACAUACAUCUACCUCCUUCUUUAGCCCCUCUGUUUUUCCUUCACCCAAAGCUCACAGUUUUCUUAUCAAUACGGAGCGCCUCUGCUGCUCUUAAGGGGUUUACAGUUGUAGUUAUUUAUACCAUCUCUGAUACAUGUACAUUUCACUUAAAUAAGUGGUUCGGUUGCAUGCCAUGUUCUUUUGCUCCUACUCCAUAAGGACAUAACGGCAGUGGUCCAUAAUGCCAUUUUAGCUCAUCAUCUAUGUGAUUACUGUCACUAGAAUAACUGAAAAUAAAACUGCAUUGUGUUUGUUGAUUAGAUUGAAUAAUAAUCAAUUCAGGGUUUGUUAUGGUCGGUUGCAGAAUAAGAAGAGUGCUGAAAGAAAUGUUCUUGCGUUUUCUCCCAUUGGAUAAUGAUGUAUUGCCUUAAUUGAAAGUGAGUGUGUUUUCACUUCCCCAUGGUUUACGUUGUUUCAGGUAAAGAAAUAAACCACUGUUGAGUUGAAAGGAUAGCGAGUAAAGCCAAUCAUAUCGCACUAGAGGAUGCAUUUGUAUACAGUGUGACCUUGAAUUGUCUAGCCAUAUUCUAAGUGUGAUGCUCAGUAGCUUGAGAUACUACUUUGUUAGCAGUGCUUGAAAUUGCGAGGGUAGCAAAGUAUUUGAUGGAUUAGCUGAUGACUACAGGUAUGCUUCAAUUUAGAAAUGAGCUGCACUGCUUUAAGGCUUCUUGUAAGGACAGCUGUCGGUCCUUGUUGUAAAUGUUCCAUUCUCAUUUGCUAAGUAGGUUUGAGUGAUAUUAAGGAAAAGUGUGUUGGAUCUUAAAGAUUUUGACCGCAGGGCUAAAUAAUCAGUGUUUUGUUUGCUGUCCAUGAAUCAAGUGAAGCUCAUUAUAAUUGGUCUUUGGUAAACAUUGUAUUCGUCGUGUACAUUUGUAUAGUAUGUGUAUAUUGUGACCCUUCAAUCAGGUAACAAGACGACUCAUUCUGAUUUAGUCUCCCCCAGGUUAGCCAUACUGUUAUUUGAUUAUAUCUAGCUAAUUUGUUCUUGUACAUUGAAGGAAUACAAGCCAGAUUUUAAUCAAUACAAACAAAAGCAUUUUGCUAAAUUUGAUUUGCACUUUUAAAGAGCUCACUAUUAAUAUCACUGCUGAAAAUUGUUUGACAUGAACGAUAGCGUUUGGAACAACUUACAGUUUAGUCCAUAAAUGUAAAUGUUUUCUCUGGUUACAUUUUGCUGUUCAAACAUGACAGUAUAUAUGUGCGUUCUGGCUGCUUAUAUAGUAGAAUACACACUGCAACUAUGACUUCAAACAGGAGACGGUUGUAUUGUCCUGGCUCUUCUUAGGAGAGUGUGCUAAUUCUACUUUUGUGAAACGGUUUGUUUUCCAUCGCCUGAUUAAGUUCAGAAUGUGUUUAAUGUUAAAUGGUUUGCUUUGAGUUAACUGUAUAAAUGUAUUGCUGUCUA